AGGUGCUCAUAUUUUCGGAACUGUUUCACUGUACACAAUUUUCAACUAAUUUGUCGACAGAGUCUUUUCUCUUAUAUACUGAAUGUUUACAUAAGUAACAUAUCGGUUUUGUUUCAGACCCGUGGCUCCCAGUCCAAUGCAAAAAGUCGUGGUACCAGAAGACGUGCCUUCUUCCGUGUUAACCGAAUCCGUUCCACCUGAAAUCGAGCAUUUAGCUACGCGCGCAAGAGAUUGCAAUGCUAGAUCGCCAACUGAUAAUAUAUACUCUACUCGCGUGCUACAAGGAAAGACGAGGCCGAAAAUUAACAACACUGCUAAGCGAGGACAAGCUGAAAGACGCGGAUAUCCUGUGUAUAUAAGCGAUGAAAAACCGCCGUGGGGCGUUGAAGAACUGCAACCGAUUAUGGACCUGGCAGGUGCCGCUCCGUCAAGUCAGGCGCAGCGGGUCGAUACUUUAAAUGUUUCUGAUAACGUUCCGCUAUUCUACCACAAUGAAGACGAGAACGUACUGGAAUACCAUUUAAUACCACAACCACCCAGAUUUACCUCGCACGUUCAACUUCGUGGAUCCCAAAAGCCAUCGUGGUUUCCAGGUUUUUGUAUUGCAUUGCCUGAUAAUAUUCGCGUGGUAACGACCCCAUGCGACGUUCUACCUGCAGCCUGGCAAGCGGUUCAACCUGACAUCUUUUCCGAUGAAAGCUUCUUGAUCGUUGGAUGAAAUUGAAAUAUUUAAGUAAACGAUGCGGAAAUAAAUGUGCGUUUUAUUGUCAACACAUUUCU